CGGUGGCCGAGCCACUCAUGGCCCGCGGUCCGCCCCAAGAUGGGUGAAAUGGCGGCGUUUUGAGUUUCAGUUCCUCUAAUAGUCUAGUUAGAAGCGUAAACUGUCUAGGUAGGGCUUUGGAGACGCUCCUGGGUGAGGGCUCUUCUGCGAAGGUGUCUCGCUUUCCGGGCCUCGCUAGGCUGGAAACAGGCUGCUUGAGCAAGGGUCACGCCAUGCUUUUGCCAGCUGCUCAAUUAAAAGGUGACAUUCCUGCAUAAGCCUAUUUGAGUCAAAAUGUCCCUGCUGCUUACUGAGGAGCAGAAGAGAAAGAUUGAAGAGAAUCGACAAAAGGCCCUGGCCCGCCGAGCUGAGAAGUUAUCAGAACAGCCUCAGGGCAGGGCUUCAGGCCCCACUGUUUCUGGCCCAGCGGGGAAUCUCCCAGCAGGGCCUUCUAAGCCUGUGGGCCACGGUGUUCUUUUCAAGCAACAGAAUCUCAGUAAUUCAUUUCCUGCUGAUCAGAGAGCUCAUAGUUCCAACCGUGUUCAGCCAAGUACACCAGAGCCGGCGAAGAGGCUAUGGAAGAUCCAAGGAGAGAGGCCUACAGCAUGCUCAAACCCUGCCCCAGGUCCCCCAAACAUCUCUGACCAGCAGCCUUCGGGUUAUAAACCAUAUCAGGGUAAUCCCCAGGCUUCUCAUAAGGUCAAGUCGACAUCCAUUGCUACCAUAACCCAGGAGCCUUUGGCUAAAGCACAGAGCUCCCAGGACUCAGUGGCUUCCUCCUCUGGACCGUUUCCCAGGGAUCCCGAGUUAGAGGCCAAGACUGUGAAGCCCUCCACCUCUGGACAGAGUGGUUCGGGCACCUAUUAUGCCUUAGGGGGAAAAACACCUAGAACAGAAACUACAAAACCAAAGAAACUACAGACCUCGCCCCAGAAAGUAAACUGUGUUCAGGGAACGUGCAUAAGGAUGGGAGAUCGUUUUCGGGUGAAGAUUGGCUACAAUGAAGAGCUCAUUGCCGUGUUCAAGUCUCUGCCCAGCAGAUGCUAUGAUCCUGUUACGAAGACAUGGGACUUCAGCAUGGCCGACUACAGAGCCCUGAUGAAAGCGGCUGAGCAACUCUCAGCCAUCUCCCUACAGCCAUUGGAAGGGGUUGAUGACAGUGGCAGGGGACAGACCGGCCUUCCCUCAGCUCCAUCCCUUGCCUUUGUCUCAGGGAAGUGCUUACUCAUCUCCCGCACCCGCUUUGAGGUUGACAUUGGCUAUUCAGAGGAGCUGAUCGCACUGUUUAAACAGAUGGAUUCCAGGAAUUACGAUGCCAAGACCAGGAAGUGGAGCUUUCUUUUGGAGGAGCACAAUAAACUCAUUACAAAAUCACGUGAUCUCCAGCAAGUUAAGCUGGAGCCUCUACCCAAGACAGUGACCCUGGCAUUUGCGUCUCAGCUGGAGAAGACUUCUCUCAAAGCCAAAGAAGAUAUACCUGAAGCUGACCUUUCAGGAGUGGAUGCCAAGCUUGUGUCUAAUCUCAUGCCCUUUCAGAGAGAGGGCGUUAGCUUUGCCAUAUCCAAAAGAGGCCGCCUGCUGCUUGCUGAUGACAUGGGCCUGGGGAAGACCAUCCAAGCCAUCUGUAUAGCAGCCUUUUACCGGAAGGAAUGGCCACUCCUGGUGGUCGUGCCUUCUUCUGUGCGCUUCACCUGGGAGCAGGCCUUUCUUCGGUGGCUACCAUCUCUGAGUCCAGAGGACAUCAACGUGGUGGUGACUGGGAAGGGCCGCCUAACAGCGGGCUUGGUCAACAUUGUUAGUUUUGAUCUUCUUAGCAAGUUGGAAAAGCAACUAAAAACGCCCUUCAAAGUCGUCAUUAUUGAUGAAUCACACUUCCUCAAAAACAUUAAGACUGCCCGCUGCCGAGCAGCUGUGCCUAUCCUAAAAGUUGCCAAGAGAGCGAUCCUGCUGUCUGGCACGCCUGCCAUGUCCCGGCCUGCAGAGCUCUACACACAAAUCAUUGCUGUCAGGCCAACGUUCUUCCCCCAGUUCCAUGCCUUUGGACUGCGCUACUGUGACGCCAAGCGGCUCCCUUGGGGCUGGGACUACUCGGGCUCCUCCAACCUGGGCGAGCUGAAGCUGCUGCUGGAGGAGGCCAUCAUGCUGCGGCGGCUCAAAUCUGAUGUCCUCUCCCAGCUUCCAGCCAAGCAGCGCAAGAUGGUGGUGGUCAAUCCUGGUCGGAUCAACACCAGGGCCAAGGCGGCUCUAGAUGCAGCAGCCAAAGAGAUGACCAAGAACAAUACUGUGACAGCAGAGCAGAAAGAAGCCCUCAUCGUCUUCUUCAACAGAACAGCAGAAGCUAAGAUCCCCUGUGUCAUUGAAUAUAUCCUGGACCUUUUGGAGAGUGGACGAGAGAAGUUUCUAGUGUUUGCACACCAUAAGGUGGUCCUGGAUGCGAUUGUAAAGGAACUUGAGAGGAAGAAAGUUCAGAACAUCCGAAUUGAUGGCUCCACCCCUUCAGCAGACCGUGAGGAUCUGUGCCAGCAGUUCCAGCUGUCCAGAGGGCACUCAGUGGCCGUGCUCUCUAUCACUGCUGCCAAUAUGGGCCUCACCUUCUCCUCAGCUGAUCUGGUGGUGUUUGCUGAGCUGUUUUGGAACCCAGGGUCCUAUUCAAGCACCGAAAGUCUGCAGGCCGUUCUCAGGACUUCCCCGCAACCUUGUGGAUCACUAACUGUCUUACUGAGGGUGACAUCCUGGAGAGGACUAGAAAAGUCCUCAGCCCUCAUCUCCGCUGUGAACAAAGGGGCACAGAGUGCCCACGUGCAGAUCCAGGAGUGUGCAGCUCACCCUUCAGAGGCGCUCACCUGGCCGCCUUUGUUAACUGUCCCUGUACCAGGUCCUGAGUCACAGUCCCAUGAGGAUGGUGUUAACAGUCACAGUCCCCAUGAGGAUGGUGUUACAGUCACAGUCCUCAUGAGAAGCGGCAGCACUAGUAUCGGUGGGAGCCUGUGUGAGGAGCAGCCCCAGGUUCCACUCAUCCUGGAGAGGAGCUGCAGCUGCUGUCUGUACACACUGGUGGUGUUUGACCCAAAGCAGAAGACGAUCUAUGACCUCUUCCAGCAGUCCUUUGAAGAAGACGGAAAUGACAUGGAACUCCUGGAGGCAGCAGAGUCCUUUGACCCAGGAAGUACUUCUGCAAGUAGUUCCCAGGCUCUGGGAGAUCCACUGGAUGAAGGCAGCCUGACAGACAGUCCACCCAAGAAAAGGAGAUUUGAAUUUUUCGAUAAUUGGGACAGCUUUACCUCUCCAUUUUAA